AUGAGGGGUGGCACAAAUGAGAUGCCGUCGAUAAUAUUAAACGGUACAAACAUCGUUGUAAUGACAAUAGGACAAACUACGUUUCUUGAUAGUUUAAAUUAUCUACAUAUGCCGUUGAGUGCACUACCGAAAGCCUUUGUACUUAGUGGGAAUACUACAAAAGGCACAUUUCCGCAUUUAUUCAACACACCUGAAAAUCAAAAUUAUGUAGGGCCAUUACCAGAUUUGAAAUACUAUUCAAGCGAUUACAUGCGAAGCGAUGAGCGUGAACGUUUCUUACUUUGGUAUAACGAGACAAAACGUUCGAAUUAUAUAUUCCAUUUUAAGAAAGAAAUUGUGAGUUAUUGCAAGAAUGAUGUAACAAUAUUGCGGCGUGCUUGUUUAGCUUUUCGCAAAAUGUUUAUCAAAUGCGGCAAUGUUUGUCCUUUUGAGGAGAGUACAACAAUAGCAUCGGCUUGUUCUCGCGUUUAUCGUAAAAAUUUUCUUCAAAAAAAUAUGAUAGGUAUUAUACCUACGGGAGGCUACCGCUGGGGUCAGAAUCAAUCGCGUAAAGCUAUUUCGUGGUUAACUUGGAUGGAACAUGAGUUGGGUCAUAUCAUAGCUCAUGCGGGAAACGGACGCGAAACACGAUUACCCGAAGGUGUUCUUGUUGAUGGGUAUUAUGAAGAAAUUAUUGAUGGUGCGGUGAUCAAACAUGUUUUGCAAUUUCAUGGAUGCUAUUGGCAUGGAUGCCCCCGUUGUUAUACUGUAAAUAGAACCCAUGGGAUUAGUACUGAUACGAUGGAUGUUCGUUUGGAACGUACACAGUUUAUUACAGCAAAGAUUGAAUCUGCUGGAUAUAUUUUAACGGAAAUGUGGGAAUGUGAUUUUGAUCGUAUUUUAAUAUCUAGAAAGGAUAUGCGAAUAUUUUUAGAAAAUCGGCCUAAGGUUUCGCAAAAGCCGUUAAACCCUCGCGAUGCCUUUUAUGGAGGUCGUACAGAGAACAUGGUGUCUCUUUAUGAUGUAAAGGGUAAUGAGAAAAUACAUUAUGUCGAUGUGUGUUCUCUUUACCCGUAUAUCUGUAAAACAGGAAAAUUUCCCGUAAAACAUCCGACAAUAUAUGUUGGUGAAGAAUAUCGCAAAUUAACGGUAUCUUCAGGCGUCGAGAUUGAUAAAGUGGAGGGUCUCGUUUAUUGUACGAUAUUACCACCACGUAUGCUUUAUCAUCCUGUAUUACCUGUACGAAUGCAUGGUAAAUUAAUGUUUGCUUUAUGUCGUUCGUGUUGUGAAAAUAUGUAUCAAGAGGAUUGUAUACACGAAGAUACUGUGGAUCGCGAAUUUACGGGUACAUGGGUAGCUGAUGAAAUACGUAAAGCCGUAAGCGUCGGAUAUAAAAUUAUAAAUAUUUAUGAAAUUUGGCAAUAUGAAAUGACUCAAUAUAAUCCUGAAACCAAAGAAGGGGGUCAUUUCACAGAGUACAUAAAUACUUUUUUAAAAAUUAAGCAAGAAGCCAGCGGUUGGCCUUCCGACUGUAUUGAUAAUGAAGAGUUAAAAAUGCGAUACAUAGAUGAAUAUGAGCAAAUGGAAGGUAUUAAAUUAGAUCCGCAAAAAAUAUAUAUUAAUCCGGGGCUUCGUGCUGUUUCAAAAAUAUGUUUAAAUUCGUUUUGGGGUAAGUUUGGUCAACGCGAGAAUUUACCUAAAGUUGAAAUUGUAACAACACGUAACAGAUUGAUACAAUUACUUUCCAGUAAUGAGAUAAAUGUUAUAAGUAUAUUACCUGUUAAUGAUGACGUUUUAUAUGUUAGUUAUAUAUGCAGAGACGAGAAUUUAACAUCAUCACCCAUAACAAAUGUUGUAAUAGCCGCAUUCACAACAGCUCAAGCUCGUCUUAAAUUAUAUGAGUAUCUCGAGCGUCUUGGAAACCGAGCAUUAUAUUGCGAUACAGAUUCAUGUAUAUAUGUGAGUGGUAAUUCUCCGAAUGAUUAUGACUCAUCAACGGGUAAGUUGCUGGGUGAUUUGACGAUCGAGCUGACGUGUUAUGAUGAGGGUAGUUAUAUCGAAUCUUUUGUUUCAGCUGGUCCAAAAUUUUAUGCAUUUGUUGUACGUAAGCCCGAUGGUAGUACUACAGAGGUUUGCAAAGCCAAAGGAACACCAAUUAAAUAUUGUUAUUCGUUAAAAUGGAUACACGGUGGAAACAUCCUUGGACCUCUAUGGUCUGCGGUCCAACAGGCUGUAGUAAAACGUUUUUCGUGA